UAAAAGGCUGGGUUUUUCCAGAUUUUCUUACUUCCCAAACCGAUACAAGAUCGAAGCUUUUCCUUCUGUUUCUUCGAGAAUCUGCCAUGGCUGCUCUACAGUACCUUGAAUCGCAGAAAAAUGCGCACCCAGAGCUUGGCGAGUGGUACAAUUCGCUCGCAGAUCUGUACCAGAAGAAGCUCUGGCAUCAGCUCACUCUUAAGCUCGAGCAGUUCAUUGCUCUCUCUGUCUUUCAGGCUGGAGAUGCUUUAAUACAGCUUUACAACAAUUUCAUCACUGACUUUGAGACGAGGAUCAAUCUUCUGAAGCUUGCGCAUUUCGCGGUUGUAGUCUCCCGGCAGUACCCUGAGAAAGAAGCUGCUGUUAGUUAUCUUGAAGGAGUGAUUGAAAAGCUUAAAGCUACUAAAGAGUCAAGGAUAAAUGAGCCAAUUAGCUAUAUAGAAACACAGAUAGCUUUGUUCAAGCUUGAGCAAGGUGACCAGAAGGAGUGCAAGAAAAUCUUGGAUGAUGGAAAAAGCUUGCUUGAUAGUAUGACUGACAUUGAUCCAUCAGUCUAUGCCAACUUCUUUUGGGUGUCUUCUCAGUACCAUAAAUUCCGUCAAGAGUUCUCUGAGUUCUAUAAAAAUGCUCUUCUUUACCUUGCUUAUACGUCUGUGGAGUCACUCUCUGAAUCAUUUAAGCUGGAUUUGGCUUUUGAUUUGUCGCUUUCAGCUCUACUUGGAGAUAAUAUCUAUAACUUUGGGGAACUGUUAGCCCAUCCAAUUUUGAAAAGUCUGCUUGGAACAAAUGUGGAAUGGCUUUACCACAUUCUACAAGCAUUCAACCACGGUGAUUUAGUUCAGUAUCAAGAACUCUGUCGUGUGCACAACGCAUCAUUGAGUGCUCAACCAGCACUGGUUGAGAAUGAGAAGAAACUAUUAGAGAAGAUCAACAUUCUCUGCCUUAUUGAGAUCAUUUUCAGCCGACCUGCUGAAGAUAGGACCAUACCUUUGAGUGUCAUUGCCGAGCGUACUAAACUUUCAAUCGAAGAUGUUGAGCACCUUCUCAUGAAGAGCUUAUCCGUGCACUUGAUAGAGGGAAUAUUAGAUCAGGUGAAUGGAACAGUGUACGUCUCAUGGGCGCAACCGAGGGUGUUAGGGAUUCCGCAGAUCAAGUUAUUGAGGGAUCAGCUAGACAGUUGGGUCGAUAAGAAAGUGGCUGAUUUCAAGCUUCCUCAAUUCUUCAAUUAUCCUCCAUACUUCACUUUGCAGCCUGUGAGGGACACGCGUGAGAAGCAAAUACAGCUCUGGAAAGAACUUAUUUUGGAUUACUGCAAAUCUCAAAAGAUUUUCUUGAUUGGUGUUGAAGAAGAUUUCCCUCUCUUCUCAAACUCUGCCAUUGAUAGAUCUCUUAGUCAUGAAGCAAGGGAAACAUUUCUCUCUGCCAUUGUUGGAGAAGGGCGUGCGGAGUGGUUAGAUAAAGGGCAUAGGAAAUGUCUGGUUCUGUGGCACCGGAUUCAAGAUUGGGCAGACAUUAUUCUUCAGUUUGUGAGAGAUAAUGGAUUAGAGGACAGUGUUAUGACUGUUGAAGAAAUACGUUCAGGGACAGAAUCACUUGGAACAGAACUUCAAGGGAUCGAUCGGACGAUUCUAAUGAGGGCUUUAAAGCUUCUAGAGAACAAGGGCAAGCUUGCAUUGUUCAAGGGAACAUCAGCAGAUGAUGAAGGCGUCAAGUUCUCUGUCUGAUGCUACUCUGUGUAAACUUUUGGUAAUAAUUUCUGUUGGAAAAAUCUUACCAACCAAAUGGAUAAAUAACUCUGUGUUUUUGAUAACACUCAAUUCUAUAAUCACACUUUUGAGUUCUAUAAAAUUAGAAUAAUCUC